AUGAGUUCCAUCAUCGCCGCCUACGAGGAGCUCCCAGAGUAUCUCCAGAUCCUAGGUGCUAUCGUGGUUAUCAUGGCUUCCAUUCCAAUCAUUUCAAGAAUCGGUGCAGUACUUAUUGUCGGUUGCUUAAUAGUCGCAUCGACAUUGGGCUUGAUUGACUGGGAUUGGAGUGAUGAACAAGCAAUUGCCAAGGUCGAUCGAAUUCCUGAUUCGAGCGAGAAAUCGGCAAUACUCGCGGAGGCUGGUCAAUGUACCCCGGAAGCUGGUCAAUUUACCGAAACCGGCGAGAAAGGACGUCUUGAGAUUGAGAUCGAGUCUCUCGAGGAAACGUUGCAUGCUCGUCGAGAGGAGCUGGCUCAGCUCUGUUAA